AGGUGCUUGCUCACUCCCAGGAUAGCGCUGUUGAUUAGUCGAGCAUAAUUCUGGGCUGGACAGGAAACAGGAGACGCUUAGCGUGCCUCGCGCAACAAUCCUGGGAAAGAGAAUGAGGAUGGGAAUAUGUAUGUAUUUGCACGACGAGCGGUUAGUUAAAAAAAGAUGAGGACAACGGGCACUACAAUUCUUUUAACUGUUUCACAUAAGCGUGUUAUUUGGGCCAUUAAGUCUUUGGAACUAAUACGGUGAUUACUGCGUUUGGUUUUCAUCAACCAUUGGGGGGAAUACAGAAGAGGAGCCACUGUUUAAUCCCAAUUUGACUGACAUAAAGGCUUGGUCCUGACUGUUGCGUUGGCUUCAUUAGACCUGAGUGGGACAAAGGGAGAGAGACACCAGAGAUGGCGGAUAUGUCUGAUGAUGAGCUGGACCACGGGGCAGAGGAGGAGGACAGUGAUAAGGAAGACCAGGACCUAGACAAAAUGUUUGGAGCCUGGUUGGGAGAGCUGGACAAACUCACACAGAGUCUGGAUGACGGGAAGCCACAGAAGCCGGUCCAGAAGGCCCCUCUCAGACAGGAAACCAACAUGGCUAACUUUUCGUACCGCUUCUCCAUGUACAACAUCAACGAGGCUCUGAACCAGACGACAGAGACCGUAGACCUGGAUGCCCUGAUGGCUGACUUGUGUUCCAUAGAACAGGAGCUCAGCACCAUCGGCAAGCCCAACACCGGCACCGCCCGCCAGGCUAAAUGUCAACAGCGAUGCCCGGGGGGUCGCAGCGCCAGUGUCAAGCAAACAGGCAGCGGUGGGGGGAGUAGCAGCGGGGGCAGCACCAGCAGUAGUACCCGGGCGUCACCGGCCUCCACCGUCCGAGGGGGCAGCUCCAACUCCCACGGGCGCCCGUCGGCAUCGAACUUCUCGCUGGACGACAUCACRGCCCAGUUGGAGCAGGCGUCACUMAGCAUGGACGAGGCGGCGCACCAGACUUCUUCCUCCUACUCCUCGACCACCCUCCGGCGCCCCUCGGCGACUUCCUCGUCCUCGCAGCACCGGAGGACGGGCUCAGUGGGCACGGUUAGUGAACACGAGGCGGGGGGCCACUCCUCGAGGUCCAGCGUUAAUUCUGCAUCCGCGUCCAGCAUGGACUCUCUGGAUAUCGACAAGGUGCUGUCUAGGACAGUAGGAGGGCCCGAGCAGGAAGGGGGUUCACAAGGCCCCCAGCCGCCACAGGGCCCAGCCAGUACUGAGCAUGCCUCACUACUGCGACGGGCCAAUGGUAAGCCGGCCAGACGGCAGCUUGACUUCACCUCACGGGAGGAUGAAGUAGAUCUGGACACUGUGAGUAUUAGCAAUCACCUUCAAAGUGGAAAGGAAACCUCCCUGUCCCCAUGCAUGUUAACUGUGUGUGUUUGCAUCCUCUCUGCACCCAUAAUGCACCUCCCCGUUUCCCAGCAUGCCUCACUACUGCGACGGGCCAGUGGUAAGCCGGCCAGACGGCAGCUUGACUUUACUUCACGGGAGGGUGAAGUGGAUCUGGACACUCACUCCUAUCUGGACAGAGAAACGUCCCUCAUUCUGAAAAGCAUUGCAGGAAAGCCUUCUCACCUGCUGACCAAGGAGGAGCAGGGGGCCAAAGUGAAGGCUGAGAAGAUCCGAGUGGCCCUGGAGAAAAUCAAGGAGGCGCAAGUCAAAAAGCUGGUGAUCCGGGUGCACAUGUCGGACGAGAGCUCCAAGACCGUGAUGGUUGAUGAGAGACAGACUGUCAGACAGGUGCUGGACAGCCUAUUGGACAAGUCCCACUGUGGCUACAGCCCCGACUGGUCACUGGUGGAGACCAUCAACGAGCUGCAAAUGGAGCGGAUCUUUGAGGACCAUGAGAACUUGGUGGAGAACCUACUGAAUUGGACCAGAGACAGCCAUAACAAACUGAUGUUCAUCGAGCGCAUAGAGAAAUAUGCCCUCUUCAAGAACCCCCAGAACUACUUGUUGGGGAGGAAGGAGACCUCUGAAAUGGCCGAUAGGAAUAAAGAGGCCCUACUAGAGGAGUGUUUCUGUGGCAGCUCGGUUUCAGUACCAGAAAUAGAGGGAAUCCUAUGGCUGAAGGAUGAUGGGAAGAAGUCGUGGAAGAAACGAUACUUCCUGCUGCGCGCAUCAGGAAUCUACUACGUGCCCAAAGGCAAAGCUAAGGCCUCCAGGGACCUGGUAUGCUUUCUACAGCUGGACCACGUUAAUGUGUACUACGGCCAGGACUACCGCAGCAAGUACAAAGGCCCACCCACAGACUACUGCCUGGCCCUUAAGCACCCCCAGAUCCAGAAGAAGUCCCAGUACAUCAAGUAUCUGUGCUGUGAUGAUGUCAGGACCCUCCACCAAUGGUUCAACGGCAUUCGCAUCGCCAAGUACGGGAAACAGCUGUAUGUGAACUACCAGGAGGCCAUGAAGCGCACAGAGGCGGCCUACGACUGGUCCUCCCUCUCCACCUCCAGCAUCCGCUCUGGCUCCAGCUCCGGGUCAGCCAGUCUGCCCGAGUCCCAGUCAAACCACUCGGGCCAGUCAGACAGUGGAGUGGACACGGCCUCCAGCCACGGGCGCUCYCAGAGCGUGGUCAGCUCCAUCUUCUCUGAGGCCUGGAAGAGAGGAACGCAGAUGGAGGAGAACACCAGGAUGAGGGAGUCCACCAGAGGCGCCACCCUCCCCCACCCUGUCCAGGCGCACCGCCAGACCCCACAACUGGAGCCCCCUGCGUCUGCUACGCCGCCACAACAGCAGCCGCCUCCCCAGUCUCGCAGCAGCUACACCCAUGCUGUACCCCCCCAGCCACAGGAGGGUACCUCCCCCCCGCUUCAACAGCAACUGCCCCCCCAGAGCCGCAGCGGUACACCCAGGCCUUGUCCCCCCAGCCCUCCCCUCCGCCACCCAACAGCUGCCCCCCCAGAACGCAGCAGUUACACCCAGGUCCUGCCUCCCUGCCCCGCCAGCCCUCCCCUCCACCACCCCAACAGCUGCCCCACCAGAUCCACAGCAGUUACACCAUGUCCUGCCUCCCAGCCCUCCCCUCCACCACCCCAACAGCUGCUCCACCAGAUCCACAGCAGUUACACCCAUGUCCUGCCUCCCCCAGCCCUUCCCUCCACCACCCAGCAGUUGACCCCCCAGAUCCGCAGUAGUUACACCCAGUCUUGCCCUCUCUGCCCUCCCCCUACACCACCCCCCCAGCCUACCACCACCCUCCCUGCCCCCCCAACUUCUCCACCAGCCCAACAGCUGCCACUCCACAUCCGCAGCAGUUACACCCAGUCUUGCCCUCCCUGCCGCCACAAGCCCUUUCCUACCACCACCCCCCCAAUCCUCUCCUCCACCACCCAACAGCUGUCCCCACAGCCCUGCAGCAGCUACAACCAAGCUGUGCCCCCACCUCCCCGCCGCCUCCUCCCCCGCCGCCCCCUGCCUGCCAGCAAGCACCCCUCACCACUCGGGCCCCACCUUCAUCCCACUGCAGAGCAACGACAUCCCCCUCCCCCUCCUCUUCACCCAGACCCCAUGCCAGGUCUGUGCACACGCGCUACGGCGCCAACGCCACCAGCAGGCACUGGCACACAAGUUCCCAGCGUCCCCCCCCAGGGCCCCUCUCCCCCGCUGCCAGACUGUCGAGUCGCCCCGGCACCGCCGCCUCCCCACCACCUCCCUCCUACCCCCACCGCCUCCCCAGCAGCUCUCGGUGCCGACACCCCUCCUCCUCCCCCUCCUACCCCACCGCCUCCCCAGCAGCUCUCGGUGCAGACACACCCUCCUCCCCCACCUCCUCCCUCCCCACCUCCUCAGCAGCAGUACUCGCCCGCAGCUGCUCCCCCCCCUGCCCUACCCAAAACUUUCCCCAGGCUUCUGCUCCACCACGGUGCCCGGAAGCCUCUCUACCAGUUUCCCCUCUCCCUCCCGCCCCACCUGCUGCCCAACUCCUCCCCCACCACCGCCGGUGUCAAUGAAGAAGCAGCACAGCCUACAGAUAGCCACACCCCCAACCAGCCCCCUCCCACAUUUCCCAAGCAGCACAGCCUCUCCAAGCCGCCACCCCUGUCCUUCACGGCUCCGCCCACACCACCUCCCUGGCCAAACCAAGAUGGCAGCCAGGCGGUGACAGGCCCAGCAACAGGCCCCAGAGUUCCCUCCACCCCCUUCGAGAGCAGCCUGCCUUUCCCCCUCCUCCCCCGCCUCACCUACUCCGUCACCGGCCCUGCCCCUCCUGCUCCACCUCCCCCUCCCAUCACUGGCCCCACCCCUCCGCCUCCCCCUCUCCCCCGGCAACCUAGGCUCACCCCUGAGAGAUCUCCAUUGGGCUCCUCCACGGGCUCCUGUCUGGUCUGGGGGGGCAGGAAGCCCCCGCCCGCCACCCCCCAGAAGGCCUCCAGCAUCAAGUCUAACUCCUCGGCUGAAUACCAGGAGUCCCGCAGGAACCUUCUCAGCAAGUUUGCACCCCAGUCCUCUUCCCCCUCCACCUUCCCGUCCUCCCCUGCCGUACCCUUGGGUAGUUUUCCCUCUAAGGACCCCUCCCCGGCCGGCCCCGCGGCGCCCCCCAAGCCAGGCAAGCUGAACCUGGCCAACCUGGCCCUGCAGGCCAAAGUGGGUCAAGUGGGCCAGCAGCGCCAGUCCACCGCUGACUUCCCCCCUCCCCCGCCGGCUUUUGAUCUCUUCCCCUCUCCUCUGCUGCCCAGUGAUGGCCACGUCGGGACACCUAAGGUGGCAGUGGUCAACCCCCAGCCAAAAGUACCGCCCGCCCCUCCUGGUCCCCCUCCCCCCGCCACCAUCAACUCCUCCUGGGGCAAGGGCUCCCUGAAGAAGGCCCUUCCCCCCACGCUGCAGCGGAACCAGCCGUCUCCCCCGGCCCUGUCCCCGUCUCCCAAGCUGCCCACCUCGCCCCCCAAGGGGAACGGCAACAACGGCGUCCCCCAGCCGGGCAACUUCAUGGACGACCUGAACCGGACUCUGAAGCGUAAGUCGGUGAGCCGGCAGGGUUCGCUCUCCUCGUCCCGCCUCUCCGGCCCCAACCUGGAACCCGCCGCGGGCACCAUGGACGACAUGGAGUUGGCGCUGCCCCCACCACCACCCGAGUUGCUGUCGGGGGGGAACAUCUCAGGCUAUGCAACGCUACGGCGGGGGCCCCCGCCGGCCCCACCCAAGAGGGGGGGCAACACCAAACUGACACACUGACCAGGGGAGUGGUAGAAAAGGAGACUGUUGGAUGAUGCCUAUAUUACCUCUCUUGGAGAGGAGCUUCUAUCUAUCACACAGGACCGUCAGUGGAAAUUGACAAACUGAACUCCUCGUGUUCCAUGAUUAUGAUGGUGAAUACUUAACCAUGUAAAUAAGGAAACGCCAAACCAUGUAUCCGCUUCUUCUUCUUUGCCAUAUGUUUGUGCCAUGUAAUCAGAAAACCAUAAUAACGACGUUACGAUUCAUUCUGCAUUGGUACUGCAUGGACAUGCUGUAAAACAUGAAGCUCUUUGGUGAGUGUGUGUAUGUGUACCCGUUUGUGUGCGUACUCGUGUAUGUGUGCAUGCGCGUAUUCACAUGCAUCCGUGUGUGAGAGCGAGAGAUAGAAGGGGAAAUGGGGGACAGCCCAUAAAGGAAGGCCUCUGUAAUAGGGAUUGUUAUUUUGCCUCUGUUUUUAUAUGACAUUAUUUAAUACAUUUAAAGAUUUUCUUAUUUUUUAGUUAAGUUUUUAAAAGAUAGUUGGCUAAAUCAUGAGAUGCGGAUAAGAUUGAAAAACUUUAGAAUAUAGGCUGAGGUUAUUUUAAUCAAUGAGCUAAGAAUUCCCAACGUAUUCUCUGAAUGUUUUACAAGUGUCUCGCUCUUUGUGCUGUGAUUCGGUGACACGCGAAUCGGGACGCCUUUUUUUCACAGACGAUUGCCCUCUCUCGAAAGAAUCUCCAAAUAAAAAAAGGAAAUUCCCUCCUAAAGGCACAAAGCCAUGACUGUGCAACUGGAAACAUUUGUGACUUGGAACAAUUUUUUCCGUUAGUGUUUUAUUUAAUGCGUAACAKUUUUUGCUUAACUGAAGACUGAAACGGCACGAGGCAUAUCGUGUGUAUGUCUUCGAGGGCCCCUUUAGUCUGUGGGGUGUGUGCUGUGUUUGUUUGACCUGACCUGCAUCUGGGUCGUGUUCAUUAGGCACCAAGCAGAAGAAAACGGACUGUGAAACGGGGAGGAACUCACUGGUUUGUCCAAUAAACACACACUUUCGCUUUUCGUUGCUACAUGUUCUAAAAUAUUUGGUGCCUAAUGAACAUCUGCUUCUGUUUAUCUGUACAGUAACAGCCCUUGCUCCCCUCCCAUUGGUCCCUGACGCCUUUAGAUUGUCACGUGACAUGGCCUAAAAAUUAUAGAAAUAUAAUGUACAGAGUGGGGACAGCUGUGCUCCAGGUGCAGUUUACUAUAUACUCAGUUAUUCUCAACAUGGUGGCUAAAAUUGAAGCGACACGUUGUUGCUUGAAGGUACUGAGCAUUGAAUUAUGUUAUUAGCAUUAGACUAGACCUGACUGGCAAAAUUAACCCACAAAUUCCCGUCUGGCUUGUUUUUAUGGCCUAAACAUCCCAGUUGUAGUGCAAUUUCCUGCUUCUCCUGCCGCAGUGCAGAGUGAGGGAGCGGUGUUCUCGCAGCAAUGCCUUCAUUUCAAGGGUGCUAGUGCUUAUUAUCCUAAUAAGCCUGGAUAUCAAUGGGCGGACAUCUGAAGUUCAAUGUAGGGUUUGUCCCAAUUCUCCACUCUUCUCCCGAAUUGUGAACAUCCUGGAUUAGAUUGGUAUAAGCAUUAGCUACGGUUUCCAUCGUUGUUAGCAAUAGGUACAGUAUAGCGACCAUAACCACAAAGCUGGAUGACCGUACUGAACUCAAGUGGACCAUGAAUGUUGAGGGACCACUACUAGACAACACAUGCUGUCAUAUUAAUCUUGCUUAUCUACAUUGCUCUGUAUUGGUGAAGUUGGCUCUAGACGCUGAUCUUGGGUCAUUUUUGCCGCUAAUGGUUGUGGGCAGGGAAGCUGAUCCUAGAUCUAUACCUAGGGGAAACUUCACCCCAGAGCCUGUGCAUUUUCAUGAUUGAAUAUUAUCCUUUUCAGGUUGUUGGUUUGCAGUAUGUCAAACUGAAGUAGGCAUUAAAUUAUUGAAGUGUUGUAUCUGAUUUUGAGGGCCAAAUGAAGAAAACGGGGGGAGAUUGCAGACCAAAUGUCUCUACUUGCAUAUAAACCGAAGAUCACAAUAUAAAUGUUCAAAUCAUACCUCGA